CGAAAUGAGUAUCUACCAAGUACCAACCAUGGUACCAACCUAUGGUACCAACGUCAAAUUGACUUGACUGUCAAAAGUCAAAAUGCUGGUGGUGUGAAAUAUGAAAUAAACAUUCCACAUGGAAAUUGGAAAUAUUAAAUGUUUAUUUUAAUAAUUGCUAUUUGAAUUAAAAAAUGACACAGAAACAUACAUUUGCUGAUUUAGAGCUGAACAAAUGGAUUAUUCGACAGUGUGCAACUGUAGGAGUAAAAUUACCUACACCAAUUCAACAUAAUUGUAUUCCUGAAAUAUUGAAAGGCAAAGAUUGUAUUGGUGCUGCCAAGACAGGCAGUGGUAAGACCUUAGCCUUUGCUUUACCAAUCGUACAGAAACUAUGUGAGGAUCCUUAUGGAAUUUUUGCUUUAAUUCUAACACCUACCAGGGAAUUGGCUUAUCAAAUAGCAGAUCAAUUUGCAGUUAUUGGUAAACCUAUGAAUCUUAGGCAUUGUGUAGUAGUAGGAGGUAUUGAUAUGGUUGAACAAGGAAUACAAUUAACAAAACGCCCUCAUAUAGUAGUAGCCACUCCUGGUCGCUUAGCAGACCACUUAGAGAGUUGUAAAACAUUUUCACUUUCAAAGAUAAAAUUUCUAGUUCUUGAUGAAGCUGAUAGGCUUCUAAGUGGACAAUUUGAUGAACAAAUUAAAACGAUUUUUAAAAACUUACCUAAAGAACGCCAAAAUUUAUUUUUUUCUGCUACAAUUACAGAUACAUUAGAAAAAUUAAAAGAAGUUAGUAAUAAAGAUUUUUUUUACUAUGAAGCCCCUUCCAUAUCUGAUGCUGUAACUGUAGAACAACUUGAACAACUGUAUGUUUUGUGUCCCAGAGAUGUUAAAGAUGCGUAUCUUGCUCAGGUCAUCAGAGAUUUUCGAAGUAUAAAUGAGGAUGGAAAUGUUAUGAUUUUUACAAAUACAUGCAAAAACUGCCAGGUACUGUCUAUGACAUUGAAUGAUGUAGGAUUUGAAAAUGUAGCCCUCCAUGCUAUGAUACCUCAGAAGCAAAGGCUAGCAGCUCUAUCAAGAUUUAAAAGCAACACAGUAAAAAUGCUGAUAGCAACGGAUGUUGCUAGUCGAGGUCUUGAUAUACCAACUGUUCAGUUAGUAUUAAAUCAUACUGUUCCAAAAGUUCCCAAAGAGUAUAUUCAUAGAGUUGGUAGAACUGCCAGAGCAGGAAGACCAGGCAAAGCUAUUACUUUGGUAACUCCAUAUGAUAUCAAGUUGUUACAAGCUAUUGAAGAACAUAUUAAGACAAAAUUGGUUGAAUUGAAAGUUGAUGAUUCUGAAGUAGGAAAAAUCUUUACCCAAGUAUCUGUAACGAAAAGUGAAGCAUAUCUUAAAUUGGACGAGGGUGAUUUUUAUGAAAAACGUUUAAUAAAUAAACGGAAAAAGUGGAUUUUAGAUGGUUUAGACCCUGAUGAAGAAGAAGCUAAGUUAUUAAAGAAGAAUAAGAGGAAAAAGCAUAAGAAAAAGAGUGAAACAAAAUAAUCUGUUUUGUAAAUAAUAAAACCUAAAAGUUUGUA